AUGGAUCCGUCGACUCUCAAGGUCACGGAAUUGAAGGCGGAGCUUAAGAAACGCGGUUUGGCUGUUGGUGGAUUGAAGAAGGAUUUGGUGGAGAGACUUACAGAGGCUAUUGAAAGAGAGAACGCUGAAGCUGCCGAGCCUGAAGAAGAAGAAGAGGAAGAAGAAGAAGAGGAAGAGGAAGAGGAAGAAGCUGAAGAGGAGGAAGAAGAGGCGAUUGGAGCCGACGGUGAGGAAGAGCAGGCUGGGCCUGUAGUUGUAGAAGAGAAGCUAGAAGAAGAAACCGUAGAGGAGAAAACAGACGAGCAGGAUGAAGCUCCCGCUGACGCGCCGCAAGAGGCUGGUGAGGAGGAACCUGCAGAGGAAGUUACAGAGCAAGUUACAAAGGAGGAUGAUACACCUGAAGAGCCAGAGAAAGUAGAAGAACCAGAGAAGAUGGAAGAAGAUACUAAACCGGCGAAGGAAAAUAAACAGGAUCCCAAUACUUCUGGUUCUACCGAACAAACCACAGCCUUCGAUUCUACAUUGUUGGCCGAUAAGUCGACCGCCAACAGUCUGGAAGACGUUGAGAUGACAACAAUAGAAGAAACCAAGCAGCCCGAAGCCGCGGCUGAAGACAAAAUGGAGAUCGAGGAGGCAGAUCAAAAGCCAGCUAAGUCGACAAUAUUGACACACGCACCUACCGUUGAAACAGCUGCCGCGACACCCAUCCCAGCACAAGAGGAACCAAAGCAACCAGAGAACGUCCUUGAACCCAUCACAUCUGCUCCCACACCAUUACAACCCCCUGAAGCCGUUCAAUCCAUCGAAGCAGACCUAUCAAACCGACGAAAACGCUCCAGAUCACCGUCAGUCCGUGUUGACGAAGUUGAAGCAAAGAAGGCACGAAUCCACGAGGAGGUGAUUGGAAAAGAUGAAGUUGCUAUGGCUGAUGCUCCCAUUAUCAGCACCGCCUCUCCAGAACGAGGCCGAAAGUCACCAAGGGAUAGAUCAAGAUCGAGAACUAGAUCAAGGUCGAGGUCUCGUACAGAAUCACCGUCACAAAGCAGACAACGACCAUCGAUUGUAGCUAGUACCAAGGAUGCUAGAUUCAAAUCUCUCUUCAACAAGGAAGAAGCUUCAGCUGCAAAUCAAGGCAAUACUGGUGCCGCCACUCCACCGCGUUCUGAAGACGAAGAAGAGACUUCUCCAUCGAUUCACCCAGCGACGCGUGGGCUUUAUAUCCGCGAACUCGUCCGCCCACUCCAGGAGUCACAGCUUAAAACACACCUUAUCCAACUGGCUAGCAAAUCUACAGACCCCAGCAACGCGGACCCUUCAACAUUGGAAUCGAUCUAUUUGGAUGGAAUUAAGACACACUGCUUCGCCGUUUUCUCAACCGUACAGGCAUGCUCAAGAGCCAGGAACGGAAUGCAUGGGAAGAUCUUCCCCAACGAAAGGAAUAGGAGAGUAUUGUUCGCGGAUUACGUCCCAGAAGACAAAGUCGACGCCUGGGUCGCUCGAGAGAAAGAGAACCGCGGUGUUAGAUUUGUGAUCACUUACGGCGACGGUGAAGACGGUGUCGAAGCUGUUCAUGAGGAAUUUUCUAGUGGAAAUGGUGGAAAUGGUGGAAGAGGCAGUAUUGGUGGUGCUAGCGGCGGUAAUAGACUUGGAAGCGGUGCUCCACCAAUCGAUGCGCCAGCUGGACCUCGAGGACGAUCAAGCUUUUCAAAUAAUGGACCGGCUGGAAACAACCUUAUCACUGGUGCUAAUUCUGUCCCCCAAGGUGCCCGUGUUGUUGGCCUUGAUGAGUUGUUCUCGAGUACGAAGACUAAGCCGAAGGUUUAUUUUAAGCCUGUUGAUGCAGCUACUGUUAAAGAGAGAAUUGCGAGGGGACCUGUUGAAGGAGAGGUUCGUGGAAGGAGAGUUGGUGGACGUGGCGGCGGCGGCGGCGGCGGCGAUGCCGGUCCCGGCCCCGGAAAUUCAGAUUCUUGGAGAGGUGGAUUUGGAGGUGCUGGAAGGGGUGGAAGAGGCGGAAGAAGAGGUGGAGGGGAUAGUUGGACUAAUAAGGACCGUGAGAGAGAUAGGGAGUUUGAGCGAAGAGAUUGGGUUCGCGAUGGAGGCCGAGGGGAUAGAAGAGGCCCAUUCAGAGACAGAAGUCCAAGGGAUAGACGGUAA